AUGUCUUUAGAAAAGAUCUUCAAGCAUUUUGACAAGAACAAUGAUGGUAUGUUUUCAUUGGAUGAAUUUUCUGAUGCUGUUCUUAAUUUCUUUCCCAAUUUUUCUCAAGAGAGUAUCGAAAAGAGAUUUAAAUAUAUUGAUGUUAAUGGUAAUGGCCAAAUCAAUGCCAAUGAGUUUGUUUCGUGGUUUGAUGAGGUAUUGAAAAGAUCAUUUGCUGCAUGUGACGUUGAUGGUGAUGGAAAGAUAACAGCCAAAGAAUUGCAUUUUGUGAUGACUACUAUAGGGAAAACAUAUACUGAGGAAAUCUAUGCCAAGCAGAUCCAAACUGCUGAUACAGAUAGUGAUGGUUGUUUGAAUUAUGAGGAGUUUAAAGCUAUGUUGUUUAAUGACUUCUUUUAG